GUUGAGUGGUGUCAGCCUGGAAUCUGCUAAUGACUUACUGCCUGGACAAAAAGAUGCAUCUGCUGUUGAAAUUUGCCAGUGUCCUACAGGAUAUUUGGGUUCGUCCUGUGAGUCAUGCUGGCCAGGACAUAGGCGAAUUAACGGCACUAUCAUUGGUGGAAUUUGUAGGCCGUGCACUUGUUUUGGUCAUGCAGAGUCCUGUGAUGAUAUCACUGGAGAGUGCCUGAACUGCAAGCACAACACAGGUGGUCGAUAUUGUGAUAGAUGUCUUCCUGGUUUCUAUGGAGAUGCUACUAAAGGGAAAGCUGAUGACUGCCAGCUGUGUACCUGCCCACUGAGUAUAUCUUCAAACAAUUUCAGUCCCACGUGUCAUUUGGACCAAACUCAUGGAUUCAUUUGUGAUGGAUGUCCCCCUGGGUAUGCUGGUUUACGCUGUGAAAGGUGUGCAGAAGGCUAUUUUGGACAACCUUCGAAACCAGGGGGAUUGUGCCAGCCUUGCCAAUGUAAUGACAACCUUGACUUCUCCAUUCCUGGCAGCUGUGACAGCUUGUCUGGAGCUUGUCUUAAAUGUAAGCCAGGUACAACAGGCCAGUACUGUGAGAAGUGUGCUGAUGGGUAUUUCGGAGAUGCUCUUGAUGUAAAGAAAUGUCAACCCUGCAGCUGCAAUAUCAAUGGCUCAUUUUCAGAAGCCUGUGACUCUAAGACUGGACAAUGUCAUUGCAAGCCCAAUGUUCUGGGACGUCAGUGUAAUCAGUGUAAGUCUGGUACCUUUGGUGUGCAGUCAUCAAGAGGAUGUCUCCCUUGCAAUUGUAAUUCAUUUGGAUCAAAAUCAUUUGACUGUGAUGAGACCGGACAGUGCCACUGUCAACCAGGUGUUGGAGGAAAGAAAUGUGACCAUUGUGCUCAUGGAUUUUAUGGUUUUGAUGAAGGAGGAUGCACCCCUUGUCAAUGUUCCCAUCUUGGUAAUAAUUGUGACCCACAUACUGGCCGUUGCAUCUGCCCUCCCAAUACUACAGGAAACAGAUGUGAAAAAUGUGUACCGAAUCACUGGGGUCAUGAUAUUAUCAGUGGAUGCAAGGCCUGUGACUGCAGCGUAGCUGGAUCCCUCAGCUUCCAGUGUAACCCUGAUACUGGCUGCUGUUUCUGUCGUCCAGAAUUCUCUGGCGAUAAAUGCAGUGAAUGCCGACUAGGCUAUCGGAAUUACCCACAAUGCAUUGCCUGUGAAUGCCUGGUAGCGGGGACCCAACCACAGACUUGCGAUUCUGAAAUGGAAAAGUGCUCUUGUGCUGAACAUACAGGACAGUGCACAUGUAAAAUUAAUGUGGAAGGCGUCAACUGUGACAGGUGCAAACCUGGCCGAUUUGGACUCUCUGCCAGAAACCCACUUGGCUGCAACAGCUGCUACUGCUUUGGCCUGACAUCAGAAUGCAGUGAGGCAAAGGGACUUGUCCGUGUGUGGUUGACUCUGAAGCCAGAUCAGGUGGUCCUUCCUUUGGUUGAUGAAAAUGUCCAGCACCAAACUACCAAAGGGAUUAUAUACCAAUAUCCAGAGACAAUUGCAAAUAUUGACUUGGUAAUGCAGGAUCUACAUUCAGAACCAUUUUAUUGGAGACUUCCAGAACAAUUUGAAGGAAAAAAGUUGAUGGCUUACGGAGGAAAGCUGAAAUACGCUAUCUUUUUUGAAGCAAGGGAAGACACAGGUUUUGCAACUUACAAUCCCCAGGUCAUAAUCAGAGGCGGGCUUCCCACACAUACACGAAUUAUUGUCAGGCAUGUGGUCGCUCCUUUGAAUGGCCAGUUGACAAGGCAUGAGAUAGAAAUGACAGAGCAUGAGUGGAAAUACUAUGGUGAUGAUCCAAGGAUCACUCAGACUGUGACCCGUGAGGAUUUCAUGGAUGUCCUGUACAACAUUCAUUACAUACUUAUCAAAGCAACUCAUGGCAGAUUCAUGAGACAAAGCAGAAUUUCUGAGAUUAGCCUGGAAGUUGCAGAUACAGGAAAUGUAUCAAGAAGAACUCCAAGUGCCCAAUUGAUUGAACAAUGUAAUUGUCCCGUGGGCCAUUUUGGUUUGUCAUGUGAGACCUGUUCCCCAGGUUUUUAUAGACUUGCUUCUCCAUAUACUGGCAGAAGGCCAGGUCCUGCCCUAGGAGCCUGUGUCCCUUGUUCAUGCCACAGGCAUAGUGAAAAGUGUGACCCCGAAACCUCAAUUUGUCAGAACUGUCGUCACAACACAGAUGGUGACCAUUGUGAAAAAUGUGCUCUUGGGUUUUAUGGGAUCGUUAAAGGAAAUCCCAAUGACUGUCAGCCUUGUGCCUGCCCUUUGACCAUAUCAAGCAACAAGUAA